AUGCUAAAUUGGAUCAAGAGUGAAUUCAAUCGCACUUAUGCGGUAGGCGACAGCCAAUGGUGUGCUCUCGUAUGGCACGUUGGUAGUGACAGAUUCCAUUAUUUUAACUUUGUGCGCCAUCAUACUGUUAAGAAAAGUAUUAAAUGGACCAAUCAGGUGCACGCUGACGUCCAUACAUGUCCAAACAUGCCCGUCCAUGCUGUCUUAAAGGAGGGCCUCAGGCCCUCCUUUAAGACAGCAUGGACCCUGCCACACUUUGGAAAGCAAAUUUGUUUGCUAAAUAAAGGCAAUUUUCCCCGAAUACGGACUGCAUUCGCAUAUUUUAUCAUAACAUCCUAUGCGUCCCACAUUGAGCCAGUGAGAAGGGUACCCCAAAUCUCCCCCACAACAGACAUUCCACUUUCUCCUGUCCGUGAGUGCAUAUGCUCAUGGAGCCUUUCUCCAACACAUGUGAGUCACUCGCCCACCCACAUGCUAACUUUCGCUCGCUUUGACUUCUGUUAG